AGUGCUGUGUGCGGUUGCGGGGCGGGGUCCCUGGACCCGGGUGGCCCCCGCUGCGGCCGCGUCGCGGGUGUGGACCCGGUCGCAGCUCUCCCGGCGGCGGGAUGGAGGCGUCGUGCCGCCGCCCCGGACCCCGUGGGGACAGUGCCUUUGAAGAUGAGACCAUGAAGCUUCGGCAGCUGAAACUGGAUAAUCAGAGAGCACUGCUGGAGAAGAAGCAGAGGAAAAAGCGCCUGGAGCCGCUCAUGGUCCAGCCGAACCCCGAAGCCCGGCCGCGUCGGUCCAGGCCAAGGGGCAGUGAGGAGCACACGCCCCUGGUGGAACCUCAGGCUCUGCAUGAUGGCGUCGUUCUGCAUGGCAUUGACGGUCCUGCUGCCUUCCUGAAGCCAGAUGCUCAAGAUUCGGAAAGCGGACUUCAUGUUCUCUCAGUGGGAUCUUCUGUCACAGAGGAGGAGCCUGAAGGAAGUGCCUCGGGGGAGAAGACCGGGGGCCCUGCCUCCAAACCAGAUCUUCAGGACAUUCUCCAGAGACAUGGUAUCUCAGGGAGUUUGAACUUUGAUGAGGAGGACACUGACGGGGAGGAAGAAGAAGGGAAAAAAUUAAGUUCUCAUUCACCAAAUUCAGAGGCAGAGAGACCCAGUUCUGCAUCCAGCCAGAAACCAACCACAGAUACAGCAGCUUCUGGGACGGCAGCCCAGCAAACUGAUAACCAGCUGGGAGAAAUAGACAACUUGGAGGGCUUCGCAUACAGCCCUGCCCCUCGAGGUGUCACAGUCAAGUGUCGCAUCACCAGGGAUAAAAAAGGAAUGGACCGGGGUCUCUUCCCCACCUACUAUAUGCACUUGGAAAAGGAUGAAAAUCGGAAGGUAUUUCUUCUUGCAGGUAGAAAGCGGAAAAAGAGCAAAACGUCCAACUACCUUAUUUCCACUGAUCCAACAGAUUUAUCUCGUGAAGGGGAGAGUUACAUUGGCAAGCUCAGAUCCAACCUCAUGGGGACCAAGUUUACAGUUUAUGACCACGGUGUCAGCCCAACCAAGGCGCAGGGUCUGGUGGAGAAGACCUACACCCGGCAGGAGCUGGCCGCCGUCUGUUACGAAACAAAUGUACUUGGAUUCAAAGGCCCCAGGAAAAUGUCUGUGAUCAUUCCAGGGAUGAAUAUGAAUCAUGAACGGAUCCCAUUUCAGCCACGAAAUGACCACGAGAGCCUGCUUUCAAAGUGGCAGAACAAAACCAUGGACAACUUGAUUGAAUUGCACAACAAGUCCCCGGUCUGGAACGAUGACACUCAGUCCUACGUCCUGAACUUUCAUGGCCGGGUCACUCAGGCUUCUGUGAAGAACUUCCAGAUCGUCCAUGAGAGUGACCCCGACUAUAUAGUCAUGCAGUUUGGACGCGUGGCGGACGACGUGUUCACGCUGGACUACAACUACCCGCUGUGUGCACUUCAGGCCUUUGCCAUCGGGCUCUCUAGCUUCGACAGCAAGCUGGCCUGUGAGUGAGAGAAAAGCAGCCCUGGGCUUUCUCUCCCAGAGCUUUCCGGAACAGGCAGCCGCACCCUUGCUUUUGCCCCAGGAUGUGAAGAGUGACAGCCUGCCUCUUUGGGCCUGACCCCUGAAAGCACGUAGUGUGCACACGCACAUGUGUGUACACGUGUAUGUACACCCCUCCUCUGGGGCUCGCAGCCUAACCUGGGUGAGAGCUUGCCCAGCACCUGCCCGGCAGCUUCUGCACCUCCAGAGGCCGAGUCCUGUUCUUGGAAACCUGCAGCCAGAAUCAGCUUUUCUAAUGAUCAGGUUCUCGGGCCUCUCUCUCUUUUUUUUUUUUUUGCUUUUUAGCGCCGCACCCACGGCAUAUGGAGGUUCCCAGGCUAGGGCUUGAAUUGGAGCUGCAGCUGCUGGCCUACCCCACAGCCACAGCAACUUGGGAUCUGAGCUGCAUCGUGACCUACACCACAGAUCACGGCAAUGCCGGAUCCCUGACCCACUGAGCAAGGCCAGGGAUCGAAUCCGAGUCCUCAUGGAUGCUAGUCGGGUUCGUUAUCGCAGAGCCACAACGGGAACUCCCAUGGGUCUCUUUUCUUGAAGAUCUUUUCAGAAAGGGCCAGUUCCCUGAAUUACUUUGGUAUCCAGGUCAGCGGCCAGACGGUGUCUCCCCCGCUCAUCCCUGCGUGGCUGGUCCCUCCUUGGAGGCGGGGCUGUGCUGCGGGAAGCAGGCUGGCCCUGCCCUGCCCAGGAGUCUCCCCAGGUGUGGGCCUGGCCAUUUUCCAGGAUGGGUCCAAGGUCGUGAAGGCACUGAGUGGGGGUGGCCGCCCCUAGGAAGCCACAGUCCAAAAGGGAUAUGAGGAGGGCCCUGGCCUCCACUGUCAUGUAGCUUGUACCGUGUGUUGGGGACCACGGUUUCCAUGGUAUCAUGUCAGUGAUCCUUUGUCGACCACCCAGCAUGUGGGGAAGGGCCCGGGGAGCAGUGCUCGGCUCUCUGCUUUGUGGGGGAAUGUGGCACCCACCCCUCAGGGCUUGCUGUCUUCCCCAUGGGGCUCGGAAGGCACUAUGUCAAAGUCUCCCCUGCCCAGGGCCAGCUGGCGGGCUCCAGCCUUAGCCGGAGUGGCUAUGGCCAGAUUGGUGCUGAGCAAUGUGAGAGCUUUACCGUCUUUGUCUUAAUUUUGGUGUAGGCCGGGCACAGCAGCUCUGGAGGUGACAGUUUAGUUCAGGCUGGGUGUUUGGCCCCGGCCCUCAUCAUUUUCAGCCAGGAGUGCCUCCCACUGCUGAGCUCCUGCAGCCGCCUGGGAGGGGAGGGGACAGUGUGUGAUGUCAAGAGCUUGGGACCCCUCUCCAUGAGAGGUCUCCUCCACCCUGGGGCCUGGCUCAUCUGUGCACAUCGUGUCACUUUUCCUCUGAGUUUGUAAGAGUUUUAGCCUCUGCCGGCAAAUCCCGCGAAUCUGUGCCCAUUCACAGCCUCUGAGUGGGCCUGAGGCUUGAGGAUCCAGAAUGCGGGAAGCCCUGCCCUGGUGGCGGUUGGCUCCAGAGCCCCGUGCCCUGAGCUUCGGCCAGCCCCGGGGUGCGGCUCCCUGCUGUGGGCUCCUUUUCUGCCCCCUCCCCGCCACAGCUCCCUGCCAGCAGCAGCUCAGCAGCAGCAGGAAGGAGACCUGGGCUCAUCCCCACAGGCAAGCCCAGCCCCGCCAGCUCAGUCUGACGCUGUUGGUCCCCCUCAGGCCUGCUUCGCUCAAGUGCCUCACUGCUGUGCGAGCUCUCCAGCCUCCUACCCCAGCGGCCUGACGUGCCAUCUGACGCACCGCCUCGCUGACCGCAGAAGGCUGUCCACUCCUCUCCAGUUGCCAGAAUGUGAAGUGUCCGGGGGGAGGCUGGGGAGGGGGGAACUGCCUCCGACCUCUGACCCUGCUUCCUCCGGCCACCCUGGCUCACAGACAUGCCCCAGCUUCAUGUACUUUCUGCUUGAAUGUGCAGGCGAUUGAUUUUACAUGAAUCAUAUUUAUACCUUUUGUAUGCUAUGGAAGUGAAAACAUGAUUUAUAUACAAAUGUA